AAGCCGGAGGAGGCGAGUGAUGCUACUACUUCAGCUGCUACUACCGUCGAUGCUGCUGCUGCUACUGCUGCUGCCUGCUGCAACACCUCUGGAGGCGAUGCAGAAGACGCGGUGCAGCAGGCUGUAGAGAGAGGGGGGAAGGCUGGAGGAGAUGACCAGACUACUACAGCACCGCCUGAUGGGGACCCGCUGAUUGGAAAGAGAGAGAGAGAGAGCGAAAGAGAGAGAGAGAUAGGGCUGCUCAUAGUAGGGAAUCAAGACAGGAAAAAAGAAGAGGAGACAGCCUACAAGCACGGGAAUUAGGUGACUGAACCUGUGAUCGUCCGGUUGCUACACCGCCACAGGAUCCCCACAUCCCCACAAGCCAAAAAUACACAGGCAUGGAUCCGCAUUCAGCUUUACACUACAAAGUGAGCAGAAUUUCAGUCAUGGCAUGGUUCAUCCUUUGUUUCCUGCUCCUGUGUGGAUGCCAAAACAGUCUCUGCCAGUCCUCAUCAGAGACUCAGAAGGAGACCACCACCAAUGACAACAGCACAGUUUUCACAAGGAUCCUGGACGGGCUCCUUGAUGGUUAUGACAACAGACUCCGACCAGGACUUGGAGAAAACGUCACCGAGAUCAAGACGAAUAUUUUUGUAACAAGCUUCGGUCCGGUUUCCGACACAGAGAUGGAGUACACCAUAGACGUGUUCUUCCGUCAGAGCUGGAAGGACGAGCGGCUGUGUUUCAAAGGGCCCAUGGAGAAGCUGCCGUUAAACAACCUGCUGGCGAGCAACAUCUGGACCCCUGACACUUUCUUCCUUAACGGCAAGAAAUCUAUCGCUCAUAACAUGACCACGCCUAACAAGCUGCUGAGGCUCCAGGAUGACGGCACUUUGCUUUACACUAUGAGACUGACCAUCUCUGCAGAAUGCCCCAUGCAGCUGGAGGAUUUCCCCAUGGACGCACAUGCUUGCCCUCUCAAGUUUGGCAGCUAUGCGUAUCCGGUUUCAGAGGUGGUCUACACAUGGACUAAGGGUGCUGCUAAAUCCGUGGUGGUGGCAGAAGAUGGAUCCAGACUCAACCAGUACCAUCUGAUUGGACAAACAGCCGGCACAGAGGACAUACACACAAGCAGAGGACAGUAUACAGUGAUGAUGGCCCACUUCUACCUGAAAAGGAAAAUUGGAUAUUUUGUCAUCCAGACAUAUAUGCCCUGUUUCAUGACUGUAAUCCUGUCCCAAGUGUCAUUUUGGCUAAACCGAGAAUCAGUCCCCGCAAGAACCGUCUUUGGGGUGACCACUGUGCUGACCAUGACCACCCUCAGCAUCAGUGCCAGGAACUCUCUUCCUAAAGUGGCCUACGCUACAGCUAUGGACUGGUUCAUUGCCGUCUGCUACGCUUUUGUGUUCUCGGCCCUCAUUGAGUUCGCCACAGUCAACUACUUCACCAAGAGGAGCUGGGCGUGGGAUGGAAAGAAGGCUCUGGAGGCACAGCACCCUAAGAAACGGGACCCCAUGGUGCUGUCGAAGAAGCCCAACAACGUUUGCUCGGCGGGUGUCAACUACACGCCUAACCUCACCAAGGAUGUUUCAAUCUCCACAAUAUCCAACACGACGUCGGUGCAGCUCCGGGCCUCCGAGACAAAGAUGGUGGAUCCCAAAAAGACGUACAACAGCGUGAGCAAGAUCGACAAGAUGUCACGGAUAGUGUUCCCCCUCCUCUUUGGAAUCUUCAACCUCGUCUACUGGUCCAUGUACCUCAACAGGGAAGCGGUGAUAAAAGGAGUGGCCACUUCGACAUAAUCUCUUUUCUUUCUUUAUGUUUUUAAGUUGUUUUUUUUUUUUUUUUUCUUGUACUGAGACAGAGUUUGUGUAAGAAAAGAAGUUUUGUAAGUCCAGCCUAAUUUGAUGAGGGUGGAUGGACUUAAAAGAAAGAGGUUGUUUGUAAGGUCUCUGCCCUAGAAAAAAAAAAAAAAAAAAUCUGCGCUUGAAGAACAAAAACAGACAUUAAAGUAUAUAUUUCAAGCACUUUGAAUGGAUGCAAGGCUGCAACACCCUUUCCUAUUUUCCAUGGCCUAAAACUGAUUGAUGAAGAACAAACUGCUACUAUGAGACUAUUCUGGAAAGAAAGCGGGUGCUUUGCUUCUUCUCCUUUAUCCUGCUGCAGUUUGCAUGACGCUCUCUUCAAAAACGGAAAACUUGGACUUCUUUUCUGUCUUGACAACCGACCAUGUAUAUGUCAAUCACUACUUUAAUGUAUGGGAGCACACUUCAUCGCUAUUACUUGAGGACGGGUUUUAAAUGAAACCGGUGUAUGUAUGUAUUUCUGAAAUUUAAACGCUUCAUAUUCUUAUCAUGGAGACAGUGGCUUGAAAUGCACUGAACAUAUGCUAUGAAAAAAAAAAAAAAAAAACUGCAAUAUUACACGCUUUUAAAAUUGAAAAAUGUGUAAAAAAAAAACAAAAAAAAAAACGCACCUAAUUCCGCACUAUGUGGAAGAAACAUCUCAUUCCCCUUGAGAUUAAUGCUGCAAGUGCAUUAAUAAUUUAGUUUCAUGUCUCUUUUUUAAAAAACCUUUGCCUUUUUUUCCUAUUGCAGUGGCUGCUUGUGUGUCUCUUUGUACAUCUUUACUUGAAGAUUCAAAGCUUACUGCUGCAGGCCUGGUUUCUGAAAACCAGUAGACGUCAAUGGAGCUUAUUGUCUUGAUGGAAAAAUAAGAAGAAAUUGGAGGAUAAAGA